AUGACGAGGCAGGAGGGCCGGUGCUGUGGGACCGGCCCCGGUGCUGCACCGGCCGGGGAAAUCAGGCGCCCAGCUUGGAGCCCGCGAGCGCCGGCCGCGGCGAUUCUGAGGGAGGUUCGGCCCCACGUGCCUUUUGAAGGGCUCGGUAUGGGGUUUUCGGCCAACUCCACCGAAGCUCAGAGCGCCCAGUGCCCAUUUUAG